AUCGGCCAGUGGCACUGACAGACACUAAGUACCAAGGCGACGGUGUCAAUAUAAAGGCAACAAGGUCUUGGCUGUCCGAGUUUCCAGAGACUGGUUUGCUAGGAUUUUGUUAGCUCCACCAACUGAUACUUUUUGAAAGGCGUCUGGUGUGAACAAAAUGGAUAUUCUUUAGUCAAAGACUCAUUGACAUCUGGUAUGCAGGUAAAACACGCAGUGCGUCGUUAACACCCUCCCAGUAUCGCUCUUGUUCCUCCAACCUCAUUCAACUCCUUGGCUUGCAAGGUACAUGUUUUUUCAUGAAGAGAGGCGAAAAACCUGAAGGAUACAGGCAAAUGCGGCCCAAGACAUUUCCCGCAAGCAACUACAGUGGCAACAGCCAGCUGAUGUUACAAGAGAUCCGCGAGAGCCUGCGGAACCUCUCACGGCCGUCGGAUGUUCCCAAGAUGGAUUUGGGUGGGAGUAAAGGACUGCCUGAAGAUGCCCGGCAUCAAGGGCGCAGCACCAACCCUAAAAACCCCUACCACAAAGCCCUACAGGAGAUCCGCAAAUCACUGAUGCCAUUUGCUAAUGAACCAGCAUCAACUGGCCGCACAUCUGAGGUCAACCUUCAAAUGUUACAAGACCUGGUGGCUGCUGGUUUUGAAGAGGAGAUGGUGAUUUGUGCUCUGAAGCACACCAACAGUCGCAGUGUCGGGGCAGCUAUAGAGUAUAUCAGUAAGAUGAGCUACCAGGACCCAGUGUGGGAGCAAAUGGCAGCUGCAGCAGUGCGCCCAACCAGUGCGGCCAUCAAAUCAGCCGGCCCCACCCACAUCCAGCAGCCUGUGCUGCGGCGGCUGAGCUGGAAGGGCUCCAAGGAGUCCCUGGCUCCACAACGGCAUGGACCCCUCAUGGCCGACGGCCUCAUGUACCGCUCCAGCAGCCCCAGCCCCCAGUCCGAGCUGCCCCGGAAUUCUGUCUUCCCCCAGAGCCACGUGGCAGGGGUCGGUGCCCAGCGGGUGAACCCCCCACUCCCGCCUCAAGUGCGAAGUGUCACACCUCCCCCCUCUUCCUGGGACUCAAACCCCUCCACUAAGCGAUACUCUGGGAACAUGGACUACCUUGUUCCCCGCAUAUCACCUGUACCCCAGGGUCAGUGGGCCGAUAACUACGUGGCUGCUCCGGCCCAGGCUCAGCGUGGACUCAGCCCGGUGCCCAUGGGCCGCCAGCCCAUCAUCAUGCCUUCAUCUGGGGGGAAUAAGUUCAGCUUUCCCCCCUCCUGGCCCCAGAAUGGCUCUGCACAGGCUGAGUAUAUGAGCAUGGCUGCCAGUGGUAGCAGGCAACCCCCUCCUCCAUAUCCACUGAGCCAGACGAGCAGGCACAGUCCCACGGCCCAGCAGAUGCAGGCAGCCAGCCCUGCACCCUCCCCGCCCUACUGCAAUGGAGCCAGCCUGCCGCCAUCCAUGCUGGCGCCUGGCCGCAACAGCCACAACCUGGACAUGUACAACUUGGGCGCCCUGUCCCAGCCCAGGCCUCCGGCACAGCCAACACAGCCCUCCCUUGGAAACGGCAGCAAUCAAGAGCUGCCUCCCCACUCGUGGCCCCACAACAUCCCAGCACGCUCCAACUCCUUCACUAACGCUGCGACAGGGGGACGCCCAUGCGCACCAGCACCCAGCUCCCAGCCCUCUGCCACCACCGUCACCGCCAUCACCCAGGCACCCAUUCUGCAGCCGGUGAAGAGCAUGCGCGUGCAGAAGCCCGAGCUGCAUACAGCCGUGGCCCCAACACACCCGCCCUGGCUGCAACAGCAGCAACCACCUCCUCCGUCUGCCUACCAGGACGCCCCAGGGCUUGGUCUCACCUCUUCCCAGAUGCCAGCUGUCUCUGAGGUACCCAGCUACCAGGGCCCGCCACCACCCUACCCCAAGCACCUCCUUCCGCCGCAGCAGCAACAAGCACCUGCUCCCUGCCCAGUUUACGAUCCCAACCCCAGCAGUAGGUUCAGCACGGGCAAGGAGGAAGAAGGUGAAGACGAUGCAGCAGACGACACCAGCACGUGUUCCAGUGAGCGCAUGGACAUCUCUGAGACGGCAGGUCCGGCAGCGAUGGUAGCUGGUGUGGAACGGGAGCGUGACAAGAAGCAGAUUUCAACAUCGCCUGUGCCUGUGAGGCGGAACAAGCGGGAUGAGGAGCGGCGGGGGGAGGGCCGCGUGCAGCUCUACUCACCACAGGCCUUCAAGUUCUUCAUGGAACAGCACGUGGAGAACAUCCUGAAGAACCACCAGCAGCGGAUACGGCGCAAGAAACAGCUGGAGAGCGAGAUGCAGCGGGUGGGCCUGUCCGAGGACGCCCAGGAGCAGAUGCGCAUGAUGCUCUCCCAGAAGGAGUCUAACUACAUCCGGCUGAAGCGUGCCAAGAUGGACAAGUCCAUGUUCGAAAAGAUCAAGACGCUGGGUGUGGGCGCGUUCGGCGAGGUGUGCCUGGCGCGGAAGGUGGACACAGGCGCACUCUACGCCAUGAAAACGCUUCGCAAGAAGGACGUGCUACUCCGCAACCAGGUGGCACACGUGAAGGCAGAGCGGGACAUCCUGGCCGAGGCAGACAAUGAGUGGGUGGUCCGCCUUUACUACUCGUUUCAGGACAAGGAGAACCUGUACUUUGUGAUGGACUACAUCCCCGGUGGUGACAUGAUGAGCUUGCUCAUCCGGCUGGGCGUGUUCAGCGAGGAGCUAACGCAGUUCUACGUCGCCGAGUUGGCGUGCGCCGUGGAGAGCGUGCACAAGAUGGGCUUCAUCCACCGCGAUAUCAAGCCCGACAACAUCCUGAUUGACCGCGAUGGCCACAUCAAGCUGACCGACUUCGGCCUGUGCACGGGCUUCCGCUGGACCCACGACUCCAAGUACUACCAGAGCGGUGAUCAUGUGAGACAGGACAGUAUGGAUUUUAGUAGGGAGUGGGAGGACCCUGCGAACUGUCGCUGCGGCGACAGGCUCAAGCCACUGGAACGGCGGGCUGCUAGGCAACACCAACGCUGCCUGGCCCACUCACUGGUGGGCACGCCCAACUACAUUGCCCCAGAGGUGCUCCUGCGCACAGGCUACACACAGCUGUGCGACUGGUGGAGUGUGGGCGUCAUUUUGUACGAGAUGCUGAUCGGCCAGCCUCCUUUCCUGGCUACCACUCCCCUGGAGACCCAGAUGAAGGUGAUAAACUGGCAGACCACAUUGCACAUCCCGGCGCAGGCCAAGUUGAGCGCGCAGGCAUCAGACCUGAUUGUGAAGCUGUGUCGUGGGCCUGAGGACCGCCUGGGAAAGAAUGGCGCCGACGAGAUAAAGGCCCACCCCUUCUUCAAAGGCGUCGACUUCUCCGUGGACCUGCGACAACAGCACCACCCGGCGCCCUACGUGCCCAAGAUCGCCCACUGCACGGACACAUCCAACUUCGACCCAGUUGACCCGGGUAAGCUGUGGAGCGAUGAUGACACAAGCCACAACGACACGCUGAGCUUCUGGUUCAAGAACGGCAAGCACCCGGAGCAUGCCUUCUACGAGUUCACCUUCCGCCGCUUCUUUGACGACAAUGGCCACCCGUACAGCUGCCCCAAGCCCAUCGAGUAUGAGGACUACAGUGAGGAGGGGGAGGAAGAGCCUGAAAUCCCCACCCAUGGAAAGGAGGUGGGACAUGGGCGGGACCUGGUCUAUGUUUAGCUUGGUUCUGCACAAAGAGGUGGGUGGGUUGGUCAGGGUGUGCGUGUGGGGGUGUGUGUGUGUGGGGGGGGUUUCAGCCGCACAUCUAUUUUGAGUCUGCUUUUACAUGACGUGGUUGUAUAUAACUUAUUCUAUUGAUUGCACUCUUAACAGUGGAGUCUGAAUGAAUGAUGCAUUCCAGCCCAUUUUAAGCCUUAAUUUAUUUAAAACAUUGUAAAAUGAGGACAUUAGUGGAAAACAUCAUUCAGCCUUCUUUACAAAUUACAUGUUAAUUUAUGAUUGAAUAGGCUUCUUUCUUGCUCUGACCUGGCCUUGAAUGGCCUGUACAGGGAUUGGUUGAAUCAUUAACUCUCUGUAUUGCUGUGCCUUUUAUUUUACACUAUUUCACCAAAAACUCGAGGGGAAGUAGCAUCUUAGCUGGUCAAUUGAACUGACAAUUAGUUUAUGCAAGAUUGGCGAUAAAUUUGUGUAAUGUAUUAUUAGCCUUCUGUGUAUUUUCUAAUUUAUAUGCUGAAAAAUGUAUUUAUAAGUUAUGGAGUGUACAUUUUUGUACUUUUUUUAUGUUUUCAUUCUUGAUUCUGUUGGUGUAGGAAAUAAACCCAAGGGCAAGCUCCCUUCCUCUUACUGUCA